AUGGAUAUGGUGUCUUCAGAGGCUAAUGAAGAAAAUGACAAUAUAGACAGACCUGUUAGAAGACGGCAUUCCUCAAUUUUGAAACCUCCAAGGAGUCCUCUUCAGGACCUCAGAAGCGGAAAUGAAACAGUUCAGGAAUCCAGUGCUUUAAGAAAUAAAAAAAACUCUCGUCGAGUCAGCUUUGCAGAUACUAUAAAGGUAUUCCAGACAGAGUCUCAUAUGAAAAUAGUGAGAAAGUCAGAAAUGGCAGAAACAGAGGCAGGAGAAAAUAUUCUCUUUAUACAAAACAAAACUCUUAGUGAUAUAUUUUGACUGUAGUUUUUUUCUUUUUUCUCAAUAGGGAUGAACACAUUGCUUUGUGCUCCCAUUCAUACCCAGAUGCAACAGAAAGAGUUUUCAAUUAUAGAACAUAACCAUGAAAAGAAACAUGCAAAUGACCAGACAGUCAUCUUUUCAGAUGAAAAUCAGAUGGACCUGACAGCAAGUCACACUGUAAUGAUUACCAAAGACCUUUUAGAUAGUACCAAAAGUGAAAAGUCUACCAAGAUAGAUACCACAGCAUUUCUAGCUAACUUAAAGCUUCACACUGAAGAUUCAAGGAUGAAAAAAGAAUCGAAUUUUUCCAUGGUUGAAAACAUGUCUUCAGAAAAGAAAAUAAAUUUCAAUGACUUCAUAAAAAGAUUAAAAAUAGGAAAACAUAAUGCUUUUUCUUUAGGACCUGAUAAAGAAAAUUCUGAAAUACCUGUUUAUUCCAAAGAGUCAAAUAGUUCCUCUUCCACACAUAAAAUGCAUGUAUCUCUUAACAUAGAUGAGAACAACAGUAAUAUGACUAGAAUCUUUAGAGAACAAGAUGAUGGGAUGAAUUUCACUCAGUGUCAUACAGCCGAUAUUCAGACAUUGGUUCCCACAUCCAAUGAGAAAUUUAAAGGUGAUGAUAUUACAAUUUAUGGGAAUGACUUUAUGGAUUUGACAGUUAACCACACUAUACAGAUUUUACCACCAGCAGAUAAUUUAUCCGAAUUAGAAAACCAAACUCAUAAUGUCAUGAUGAAUGUUACAACAGAUUAUGGACCUAAAGCUUCAGGAAAGAAAACUAUCUUUAAGAAUAAACCAAAUGCUACUUUUCAAGAGCAUUUAAACCCUGAAAACAAAAUAUAUACUACCAGAAGCCAUGCUCUAGGGGCAGAAACUCAAACAAUCUCACAGAUUUCUAGUCAAGAUACCAGAAUAUUGGCGAUGACCCCAGAAUCUAUGUGUUCUAGUCCAGCUAUUCAAGGUUAUAACACAGUUUUCUAUUCUAGUUGUAAUGGUGCCAUGGAACUGACCAAGUGUCUCUCAAGUAUGAGAGAGGAAAAAAAUUUCCUAAAUCAUGAGAGUAAUUAUUCUAAAAUGCAUCCCAAUCCAGAUGCUGUCUCUCAUCUUAUAGAGAAAACUAUUUAUUCAGGAGAGGAUAGCAUGGACAUUACCAAGAGUCAUACAGUUGCAAUAGAUAAUCAGAUUUUUAAACAAGAUCAGACAAAUGUACAGAUAGCAGUUACUCCAAUAUCUGAAAAAGAAAUGAUGCUCCAAAAUUGCAUAAACAUGUCACAAGAUGAGAAAAUGAAUAUAAGUUGUAGCUCAGUUCCUUGUGUAUCUGAGGAAAGAUUACAAAAGAACCUGUCAAAUCCUGUAUCUAUUUCAUUGACUGACAAAAAGACUGAAUUCUUAGGUGAGGAUAUGCAUUUGACUGAAAGGAACUUAAGAAAUCAAGUUCCUUUUUCAUCUCAUAAUCUAGCACCUGAGAAUACCAGUAAAUCUCACUCUCAGAGCAAAAGCCCUUCAGAUAAAUGGGAAAAAAUGGCCUGUUGUCAUAUUGAGCUCUCUCAACAACCAGACAUGUCUAAAAACAUCCUAACUGACCCUCAGAGCAAAGAAAAAUAUCAGGUUUUAAAGAUUUCACCCUAUCUUGAUAAAGCUUCUCUGUCAGCUGAUUGUAAUCAGGUUAUAGCAACAAGUCAUAAUAGAGUCUACAUUGGUGGAGCUCUUGAUAAACUAGCACUGGGAAAUAAUAGAAAUACAGUUUCAUGUGAGCAGUCCAUGCAAAGCCAUAAUACUACUGCUAACAGUAAUUUAGUGAAAUCCAUAUUAGACCAGAAUUCUAAACUGCCUGAGCCACUGAAGAAAUGUUUAAGUGAUCCCACACCUGACUGUUCUCAUCACAAGAUGAUUAUGUGUUCAGAGGAAGAACAAAAUAUGGAUCUAACUAAGAGCCAUACUGUUAUGAUAGGAUUUGAUCCUUCUGCUCUACAAGAAUUUGGUAAAACUAAUUCAGAACAUAGUACCAGCCAGCUAACAACAGUAAGCAGACAGAUAGCUGUGAAAACUGAAAACCGUGAUAAACAUCCUAUAGAAAAAACUGGAAUAUUUAGAUCUAAUUACAUCAUGGACAUGUUAGAGGAUAAAAAUGUGCAAAAACCUGACUUUCUGAAGGAAAAGCAAAAUAGCAAAAUUUGUGGAAGGAAAAGUGUUGGCGGACUAAAACCUGAUAAGACUAUUGUAUUUUCAGAGGGUGAUAAGAAUGAUAUGGAUAUCACCAAGAGUUAUACAGUGGAAAUAAACCAUAGGCCUUUACUAGAAAAACCUGAUUCCCAUUUGGUGCCUUUGGCAGAAAUUUCUAAAACUGUUUUAUAUGCAUGUGGGCAGGAUGAUAUGGAGAUCACUAGAAGUCACACAACUGCCUUAGAAUGUAAAACUGUCUCACCAGAUGAAAUAACUACUAGGCCUAUGGACAAAACUUUAAUGUUUGUAGAUAACCAUGAUGAACUAGAAAUGACAAAGUCCCACACUGUUUUCAUUGACUAUCAGGCAAGGGAGGAAACUGUACUGUCAGACAGAACUAACUUUGAACUAUCACAAAUGAAAAGCCUAGGAAAACCAAAAGUAAUAUCUACUUCUACUGAGGAGAGUGUUUUCUUUCCAAAAAAUGAUGAAAGUGAACAUCCAGUAACAAAAGACAGCCAGCUAACCCUUCUGGAGGAAUGGCCUAACAGUGAUCCUAGAGCGAAAGCUGUAGCAUUUAUAGCUGAUGAUAACAUGGGAGUAUCUAAAUCAACCACUUGGGAAAAUAUCCAAGAUCUACAAAAUCCUGGUUUUCUGGAUAAACCUCUAUCAGGGAAAAGACAGAGAAGAAAAAGCCUGGCACCUUCAGAAAAUUUUGAAAAUGAUAUGAAUAUUACCCAGAAUUGUGUGGUGGAAAUAAAUGACAAAAGUGCCCCAGGAGAUAGAGAUUUCCAUCUGGUGCCUUUGGCAGGAACUUCUAAAACUAUUUUGUAUUCAUGUGGGCAGGAUGACAUGGAGAUCACUAGAAGCCACACAACUGACUUUGAAUGUAAAACCAUCUCGCCAGAUGAAUUUACUAAGAGGCCUAUGGACAAAACUGUGGUGUUUGUAGAUAAUCCCGAUGAACUGGAAGUCACCAAGUCCUAUACUGUUUUCAUUGAUUGUCAAGCCACAGAGAAAGUACUUCAAGAGUACCCUAAACUUGGUAUAGCAAAAGAAAAAACCUUUAGUGUUUCUUUUUCUAAGGAUGAUAGCUGUGUUCAGGAAACCACUAAAAAACAAGCACUGACUGUAGAAAACAAAAUUGUUCUUCACACUGAGCAAAAGCAUGUUCCUGUCAAUACAUUGUCUGAGGAUCAAGGUGAAAUGGAAAUCACCAAAUUCCAUAGCACUGCUAUGGAUGAAGUCAUCACGGGGAAAGUUGUAGGCCAGGCCUGUACAUUGGAAAAAGCUAAAAUUGAAAGCUGUCACUUAAAUAGUACAGUUAGAAAAAAUAUGAAUUUUACAAACUGUCAUGCAACUACUAUUUGUGGAUCCAGUGUUAAUUAUUCCUGUUUACCAAAUAUUCCCUAUGCUGAUAAUUUGGAAAGUAGUGUCAUGUCCCUAUGUAAUAAAGAUAAGGAGAAUGCUAAUAAUUGCCCAGUGCAGAAUGAUCUUGCUAAUGCAAAUGAUUUAACCAGUGAAUAUUAUCUGAAAUCUGAGGGACUGCCUCUCUCUGCUCCUUGUCCUUUGUUAGAGAAUAAAGAAGUUAUUCAAACCAGUACAAAAGGACAGUUAGACUGUGUUAUGACACCAUUCAAAGAUCAAGAUCUGAUUAAGGAGUCCCGAAAUCUAUUAGCUAAUCAAACUUUAGUAUAUAGUCAAGACUUGGUGGAGAUGACUAACCUUAAUUCAAAGCGAGUGUCAUUUAAGCUUCCAAGGGAUCAAAUGAAACCCUUUGUUGACGAUAUUUGUGUUACUUCUCAGCCUCAUCUUUUAACCCAGCAACCUCCAUUACCUAAAAUAGGACAGAAUAAUGUCAAUACAGAUGAAGUAAUACUGUCUACAGCUGUAAAUGAGAUUUUCAAUAUUAUAGGAAAUUCCUCUGCACCCACAUGUGAAAACAAGUCUAAAAUGCUCAAUAAUGAGAAGCAGUUUACAAUAGUCUAUAAAAAAGAACUGAAGGAAAAUACUAAAACAGCUAAAAGUAAUACAGCUAUAGACUUCCACCAUAGCUCAGACUUGACUAAGCAAGUUACUGAAACACAUGCCGAUGUUAGAGAAGCAUCAGAUCCUAUAAUUGCAUCAAGGGCUCCAUGUCUUAGUAGUGUCAGACCAAAUCUGAAUAACUUGAAUGGAAAAACUGAAGAGUUUUUAGAUUUUCAAACUGUUCCUAUACCACCUCCUCCAGAACAAUUACUUGAAUUUGGAAAUAAGGCACACAAUGAUAUGAGUAUAGGGAAAGCUACUGAAAUACAUAACAUUAGCACAGUCUCCAGUGAUGCUAAAGAUAAUAGAGAUGAAGAAAAUAUUAAGUCUCAUAGUGGAGCUGAAACCACCUCUGUCCCAUUGAAGACAGUUGCUAAAGUGAGGAGACGUUCUUUGGGAAUCUUUUUGCCCAGAUUGCCAAACAAGAAAAAUUGUAGUGUCACUGGUAUUGAUAACCUGGAACAGAUUCCAGCAGACACAACUGAUCUAAAUCACUUAGAAACUCAGCCGGUCUCUAGCAAGGAUUCAGGCAUUGGAUCUGUUGUGGCUAAACUGAACCUAAGUCCGUCUCAAUAUAUAAAUGAGGAAAAUCUUCCUAUAUAUCCUGAUGAGGUCAAUUCUGCAGACUCUAUUAGCAUAGAAACUGAAGAAAAGGCUUUGAUUGAGACAUACCAAGAAAAGAUUUCACCACGUGAAAAAAAAAUGGAAGAAACUUGCAACAAUCAGAAACGAACCUGGGUACAAGAAGAAGAUGAUGAUAUUCAGAAUGAGAAAAAAAUCAGAAAAAAUGAGAUUAAGUUUAGUGAUGCCGUACAAGACCGGGAGAUUUUUGAUCACCAUACUGAAGGGGAUAUAGAUAAAAAUGCUAACAGCGUGUUGAUAAAAAGCCUGAGCAAGACCCCAUCUAGUUGCAGCAGCUCUUUGGAUUCAAUCAAGGCUGAUGGGACCUCUCUGGACUUCAGCACAAACCGCAAUAGUCAAAUGGAAUCAGAGUUUCUAAGAGACACUAUUUGUGAAGAAAGUUUGAGGGAGAAACUCAGAGAUGGGAGAAUAACAAUAAGGGAGUUUUUUAUACUUCUUCAAGUCCACAUCUUGAUACAGAAACCCCGACAGAGCAAUCUCCCAGCCAAUUUUACUGUAAAUACACCACCUACUCCAGAAGACCUGAUGUUAAGUCAGUAUGUUUACCGACCCAAGAUACAGAUUUACAGAGAAGACUGUGAGACUCGUCGCCAAAAGAUUGAAGAAUUAAAGCUUUCUGCAUUGAACCAAGAUAAACUGUUGGCUGAUAUAAAUAAGAACCUGUGGGAAAAAAUGAGGCACUACUCUGAUGAAGAGCUGAAAGCCUUUGGAAUUUACCUGAACAAAAUUAAGUCACGUUUUACCAAGAUGACUAAAGUCUUCAUUCAUCAAGGAAAAGUGACUCUUUAUGGCAAGCUGGUGCAGUCAGCUCAGAAUGAGAAGGAGAAACUUCAGAUAAAGGUAGUUGAGAUGGACAACAUACUUAAGAAGAUCAAUAAUUGUCUCACUGAAGUGGAAAUAGAAACUAAGAAUUUGGAGAAUGAAGAAAAAGACAAUCCUGUGGAAGAAUGGGAUUCUGGAAUGAGUGCUGCAGAGAAAGAAUUAGAACAGCUGAAAUCUGAAGAAGAGGAGCUUCAAAGUAAUCUUUUAGAACUGGGGGUACAAAAAGAACAGACCCUUGCUCAAAUAGAAUUUAUACAAAAGCAAACAAAAAACACUGAAGAGCUACUGGAUCAAUUGAGCUUGUCUGAAUGGGAUAUCAUUGAGUGGAGUGAUGAUCAAGCUGUAUUCACCUUUGUAUAUGACACAAUAGAACUCACCAUCAUCUUUGGAGAAUCAGUAGUUAGUCUCCCUUUCCUGGACAAGCCUCAGAGGAAGAUUGUUGACAUGAAUUUUCAAUCUCUGUUAGAUGAGGAUAAAGCUCCUCCUUCCUCCCUUUUAGUUCACAAGCUUAUUUUCCAGUACAUCGAGGAACAGGAAUCCUGGAAAAAGAAAUGUACAACACAGCAUCAGGUGUCCAAGAUGCUUCAAGAACUCUCAGUGGUAGUGAACCAUUGCAGACUCCUUGGAGAAGAGAUUGAGUUUUUAAAGAGAUGGGGACCAAAUUAUAACCUAAUGAACAUAGAUAUAAGUAAUACUAAAUUGAGACUUUUAUUUUCUAGUUCUGCAGCAUUUGCAAAGUUUCAAAUAACUUUGUCUCUCUCAGCCCACUAUCCAUCAAUACCAUUACCUUUCACCAUUCAAAAUCACAUUGGAAACAUUGGCCAAGAUGAAAUUGCUUCCAUUCUAUCUAAAGUGCCACUGGAGAACAAUUACCUGAAGAAUGUUGUCAAGCAAAUUUAUGAAGAUCUGUUUCAGGACUGCCAUGUCUACUACCAGACCCGUGGACCCAGCUGA